CUUUCGUCUCGUCACACUCUCACUGCUUUUAUUAACUACUCGCUAACUCGUCCAUUCUCAGCUACUCACUGUGUCUGUGUCUCUCAAACUCAUUUAUACUCUUCAAAACAAUCACUUCCAGACAAACAAAACCAUCUUUUUCUUCAACUUUUCUCUCUCAGUUUUUGCUUUCCAUUCUUAAAUAAAUUAUUGCUCAAACUCCUUUGGCUUGGAUCUAUCUCUUUGUACCAUUUCUAGAUCUACCAUAAAUAUCUCUUCUCGAAUAUUCUAAACCAAAAUCUUCAAGUAAAUUUGUGCUUUUCCUCUUGUAAUCACCCUCCAAAUCUCCUACAAAUUAAGCAAAAAAAAAAAAAAAAAAACUCUUUGUUUAUUAUUAUUGCCCUCAAGAAUAGCUGAAUUUUACGAAAAUGCUACGGUUUUUGGUUUUGCUCUGCAUUUUCUCAACCGUUUUGCCGUUAUGGAAUUUGGAGAAGUGUGUAGCGGCUGAGGAUUUGAUAACGUGCUCCGGGAUAGUACCGACGAGGCACCGAAACGACAAGAUCUCGAUCACCGACUUCGGGGGCGUCGGUGACGGGAAAACGUUGAACACGAAGGCGUUUCGGGAAGCGAUAUAUCGGAUUCAGCACCUGAGGAGGAGAGGUGGCACGCUGCUUUACGUGCCUCCAGGGGUGUACUUAACGGAGACCUUCAAUCUCACUAGUCAAAUGACGCUUUAUUUGGCUAGAGGUGCUGUUAUCAAAGCCUCUCAGGAUACUCAGAAUUGGCCACUAAUUGCUCCUUUGCCAUCUUAUGGAAGAGGGAGGGAGCUUCCUGGAGGAAGAUAUAUGAGUUUUAUCCAUGGAUAUGGACUUCGUGACGUAGUAAUUACUGGUGAGAAUGGGACAAUUGAUGGCCAAGGAGAUGUCUGGUGGAACAUGUGGAGGCAGCGAACUCUUCAAUUUACUAGACCGAGUCUCAUUGAAUUUAUGAACUCAAGAGAAAUUAUCAUUUCCAAUGUUAUUUUCCAGAAUUCGCCUUUUUGGAACAUUCACCCUGUCUAUUGCAGCAAUGUUGUUAUCCGCUAUGUUACAAUAUUGGCUCCAGCUGACUCUCCCAACACUGAUGGCAUUGAUCCAGAUUCAAGCUCUAAUGUCUGCAUAGAGGACUCGUACAUAGCAACCGGAGAUGAUCUUGUGGCAGUGAAGAGCGGGUGGGAUGAAUAUGGAAUUGCUUAUGGUCGUCCUAGUUCUGGCAUCACAAUCCGACGGAUAACAGGAUCAUCCCCAUUUUCUGGAAUUGCAAUUGGAAGUGAAACCUCUGGUGGGGUGGAGAAUGUCUUGGUAGAACACAUAAGCCUUUUCAACACGGGAGUUGGUAUCCAUGUGAAGACAAACAUUGGUAGAGGAGGGCUGAUAAGAAACAUUACAGUAUCUAAUGUGUAUAUCGAAAAAGCUCGAAAGGGGAUAAAGAUUGCAGGCGAUGUUGGGGGUCACCCUGAUGAGAGAUACGAUCCAAAUGCUCUCCCUGUUGUCAAGGAUGUCACUAUUACAAAUGUUUGGGGAGUGAAGGUUCUGCAAGCGGGUUUAAUAAAAGGCCUGAAGAACUCCCCUUUUACAGGGAUUUGCCUCUCGGACAUCAACCUUCACGGUGAUACUCAGGAAAAACGAAGUCCUCCUCCUUGGUCGUGCUCUGAUGUUAGCGGAGCAGCUCACCAAGUAAGCCCAUGGCCGUGUUCAGAGUUGUCCGGCAGCGUUCCGAGUAACUCAUGUUCCAGUCACUUCUAAAUUCUAAUAAUAUUCAUGUAAUUUUCCAACUCAGUUGAAGUAAGUUACAAUGAUUUUUUUUUAUUUUUAAUUUAUUUUAAUUUCAGAAUGCAAAGCAAAGAAUUGUUUCCCACAACUACUAAUCCAAUUCUCUGCAUCUCUAACAAUCUUUGUACUUAACACAGCAAACCUCUUGGGAAUCAUGUAACAAGAUGUUCUUCAUUUCACUAUUAAUAUUUUAUUUCUCGAAUUUAACAA